AUGGCCAUCUAUUAUUCACUCACAUUCUUCUUGCUGGCCGCAGAGAUGGUCGGCUUUGUAUUCGUACUGCUUCCAAUGCCUCUAGCAGCACGGCAAGCCUUUUAUCUUGAAGAAACCGUAUUACAAGCUGAAUUUGCUACUAUACAGUCCUAUAUUGUUGGCAAAAUUGCAUAUGCGCUGAAGAUUAGCUUCAUUUUCGUUGCCAUUCUCUUCGUCGACGCCGUCCAGCGUAUGAUCCGUAUCACGGCCGAAGCAGAGGCUGCCAAGACUGCAAAUGCUGGUGUAAAUCACGCUUCUGCAGAGGUCAAUAUCGCUGCCCGUAAAUUCUAUGCACAGCGCAAUACGUACCUUACCGGGUUUUGUUUAUUCCUUUCGCUUUGCAUGACGCGUACGAUCCAAAUUCUUGUUCACUUAAUCCGCACCGAGGAGGAACUUGGUACGCUCAAGACCAAGACGGCCUCGGGAUCUAGCAAAGAGAUAGCAGUAAUCGAAGAGCUCAAGUCGAAGCUGCGCCAGAGAGAUCAGGACAUUGACAGACUGACGGGUGAAUAUCAAAAGUUGGCGGGAUCAUCGAACAAGCGACUAGAUUAG